GUUUAGCGGUUAGCUUGACGCUGCUAACAAAAGUCAGCGUAUGAAAUCACUCGCAUGUGUACAAGUUGCAGACAACAAACUUUUCUUUCUAGUUCAGUGGUAUUUAUCAGAGUCAGCCAGGUUGUUUUGGUUGCCUUGCUGUUUUUUAUCUGUCUACAAAAGUAGCCUACUCCAAUGAGAAAACAUGCCUGAAAUUAACGUAACACCGCUCGGUGCUGGACAGGAUGUCGGCCGUAGCUGCAUCCUGGUCUCUAUCGGAGGGAAAAACAUCAUGCUGGACUGUGGGAUGCACAUGGGAUACAACGAUGAUAGACGUUUCCCAGACUUUUCUUAUAUUACCCAGAACGGACGUCUGACAGACUUCUUGGACUGUGUGAUCAUCAGCCAUUUCCACUUGGACCACUGUGGUGCUCUGCCCUACAUGAGUGAGAUGGUGGGCUAUGAUGGACCCAUCUACAUGACCCAUCCCACCAAGGCCAUCUGUCCCAUUUUACUGGAAGAUUUCCGGAAAAUCACAGUUGACAAAAAGGGAGAAACCAACUUCUUCACAUCACAGAUGAUCAAGGACUGCAUGAAAAAAGUGGUUCCUUUGAACCUCCACCAAACUGUCCAGGUGGAUGAUGAGCUGGAGAUCAAGGCGUACUAUGCAGGCCAUGUCCUGGGAGCUGCCAUGGUGCACAUCAAAGUGGGAUCGGAGUCUGUAGUCUACACUGGAGACUAUAACAUGACACCAGACAGACAUUUAGGAGCUGCAUGGAUCGAUAAGUGCCGUCCGGACAUCCUCAUCUCAGAAUCUACGUACGCCACCACCAUCCGCGACUCAAAGAGAUGCAGAGAGAGGGACUUUCUGAAGAAAGUGCAUGAAAGCAUAGAAAGAGGCGGAAAGGUUCUCAUUCCAGUUUUUGCCCUUGGACGAGCACAAGAACUCUGCAUCCUCUUGGAAACAUUUUGGGAGAGAAUGAACCUGAAGGCCCCAAUCUACUUCUCCACCGGGCUGACGGAGAAAGCUAAUCAUUACUACAAGCUUUUCAUAACUUGGACCAACCAGAAGAUUCGGAAAACUUUUGUACAGAGAAACAUGUUUGAAUUUAAGCACAUCAAGGCGUUUGAUCGCUCCUAUGCUGAUAAUCCUGGACCUAUGGUGGUGUUUGCCACACCAGGGAUGCUGCAUGCUGGGCAGUCUUUGCAGAUAUUCAAGAAAUGGGCAGGCAAUGAGAAGAACAUGGUAAUCAUGCCUGGGUAUUGUGUACAAGGAACAAUCGGUCAUAAGAUCCUAAAUGGACAGAGGAAGCUGGAGAUGGAAGGAAGAGCCACAUUGGAUGUGAAGCUGCAGGUGGAGUACAUGUCCUUCAGCGCACAUGCAGACGCAAAGGGCAUCAUGCAGCUCAUUCGCAUGGCGGAGCCUCGCAACAUGCUGCUGGUACAUGGGGAGGCAGUAAAAAUGGAGUUCCUCAAGGGCAAGAUUGAGCAGGAGUUCAGCAUAGACUGUUACAUGCCGGCCAACGGAGAAACGGCGACAAUAACGACUAACCCCAGCGUACCCGUGGAUAUCUCACUCAGCCUGCUGAAGAGGGAGAUGGCCCUUGGAGGGUCCCUACCUGAUCCUAAAAAACCUCGCACCAUGCAUGGAACCCUGAUCAUGAAAGAAAAUAGUCUGAAGCUGGUGUCGUCAGAGCAGGCCCUGAAGGAGCUGGGCCUCAACGAACAUCAGUUACGCUUCACCUGCCGCGUGCAGCUCCAGGACCCGCACAGCGACCCCGACACACUCCACAGAAUCUACACACACCUCAAGAGUGUUUUGAAAGGUUACACCAUCCAGCACCUUCCUGAUGGCACAGUCAUGGUGGAGUCCAUCGUCAUCAAAGUCUCCUCCUCUGCCGAAGACAGUAACGCCAAAGUCCUGCUGCUUUCCUGGAGUUAUCAGGAUGAAGACCUGGGGAGCUUCCUCUCCACUCUGCUGAAAAAGGGGCUUCCAUCUGGACUCUGCUAAAUGUCUUCUGCUCCACAACGAUGAACAUUUCAAAGCAAAUUCAGACUAAAAACAGUUCUUUUGUAGUCAUUCUUUUAUAGGCUUAAAACAUCUCCUCUGUGCAAAAAAAAAAAUCUCUGAUCUUCACCUGUAAACUUCAACAACAGCAAGUCUGAACCUGCUCCCGUUUAUUGUUAUUGGAUUGAGUCUUUUCAUAGACUCAUUUAUAAAAAGAAAAACAAAAAACAGA